UUGCAAUGAUGCAAGUAGGAGAACAGUUUUUCACGGUGACGGGUUCCGAGUCAUCAUGAACUUAUUGAAUUCGCGUAUCAAUGAUAAUACUAGGUCGUAUCUGUUAGAGAUAUUGAGUGUUUUAGCAUUGAAGAGGAUUGUUAAGAAGGAACUCAUUAGAUUAAGAGCUCUUCAUCUUAUUGUAGAGGCUUCUUGUACUCGCAGCAUGAUCUCUAGGGAUAGAGCAUGUCAAAAAUUGGUUUGCUAGGUGGAAUCCCAAACGAGAUUGGGCAUGAGCUUAUUGAAUUGGGAGCGGUACCGGUGCUUGUGGAGUUGUUGCGCACCGGAGAUCAAACCACUAAACUUAUAGCUGCCAACUCUCUUCAUAAGUUAUCUUCUCAUACUGAUCAAAUCACUAAACCAUUUAGUCAAGCUGGGGCUAUCCCUCUUUUUGAUGAGCUACUUCAAGGUCCUGAUCCUUCUGGUAAGAGGAUAGUCGGGAAUGUGCUAUCUGAAUUGGCUGUUAGAGAUGAUAGUGUUGUUGAAAUGGUCGGGCACUUGGUGAGAAUUCUGAAAGAAGGCGAUGAUGAAUCAAAAGCAUAUGCGGCCAACAUGAUGUGGGUUUUUUCCGGUAAAGAGAAACCAUCAUAUGUGAUCCGGGAAUCAGGUACAAUUCAUGUCCUUGUUGAGCUUUUGGGGAGUGGAAUUGAAAAGGUAUUGAAGAAUAUUUCUAAAGUCGUUGCCAAGCUAAGCUAUGAUGGAGAAAAUAGAAUGGCCCUUGUUAAGGCCGAUGCAAUCCCAAUUUUGAUGGACUUGCUACAUCACAAGAAUUAGGAACCGAGGGAUCAUGCUGCAGAGGCUGUUUUCAACUUUUAUGAAGAUUCAUUACACUAUGAUAUGUUCUGAUUCUGACCCAAGCCGAUUCCAUCAGAAGAAGAAGACCCAAGGGUAACCAAAAAGAGAGUUCUAAAGCUUAUCAUGUUCGUUCAGAACAGUGGCAAAUCCUUCAGAAGUUUUGAAGAUAGAAGCUCUCAAGAGGUACUGAAGAACCGGAGUCAGAAGUUCUGAAGACCAGAUGUUCCAGAAGGAACGGUCCUGAAGUAGAAGACUCAAGUUCUAAAGACCUGCAAGAAGUUGGCUCUGAAGACCCAAGCUAUUCUAGCUCUGACGUUCAGAAGUUCUGAGGAACUUGUUCAGAAGCAGAAGUUGCAAGGUCAAAGGAUCCACGCUUCCGUCUGACUCUGAUCAGAAGCUUCACCAACGUCCAUCUGAAGCACUCCAGAUCAUAAGUCAGCUGGUGAAAGGACAGGUCCCUGUCAUAGUACACAUCGUACAGUCACAGCCUGUCCGCCACCUACCUCGUUCAGCCUAGCAGUCUGAUAUUACAAGAUUGCCACUCCAACGGGCAAAACCCUAGCAACGGCUACACCACAUGCCUUGGAGUAUAUAAGGGCUGAAGAUAGAAGAAAGAAGCUAAGAAACCUUGCUGAUUUUCUUGAAUUCAUUCUAACCGAUCUCUUAGCAAUAUUUCUUCACUGUUCUUAAGCAUCUGAGUUUACCAUUAGCUUUUCAAAAGCAUUUCUUGUAAACCCAAAACCUUUUACAAACACUUUGUAAAGUUCCUUGAGAGACCAAGUUUGGUCGGAUCUUGAGAAGACUGAAUCAAAUUUGAUUCAGUGUUUAGCUAGUCUUGAGAGGAUCGGUAGAUCAGCUUCUUGAGAGUAUACUAGUGAGAAAAUCAGUGUAUUGUUAGUCACUUAGCAGGUUGCAAGUGCAGUUGUAACAUUCAUUGAUUUUAGUGGAUUACCUUCAUCAGAAGAAGGAAGAAAUCACCUUCACAGGUGGACUGGAUUAGCUUGAGAUUUUAUCUCAAGUGAACCAGGAUAAAAUACUUGCGUGCUCUACUUCAUAUUCUUUAGCACCUAGUUCUUAUCUUUGAGUUUGUCAAAACUUCAAAAAGGGGAAUCUUUUGUUUAAAAACUCUAUUCAAACCCCCCUUUCUAGUGUUUUUCGCACCUUCAUGAUAGAGUAUCUGAUGCAAUAAAAUUUUCU